UACUUUCAGGCUUGUAAAAAACAGCACGAUCGUCGAUAUCAAAGAAUUUUUCAAUGAAUUAUUUAUUUCGAUUAACCACAAAGUCGAUCUUAGAGCCCCUAAUAUGCUCCAAAGAAAAUACAAGUUGAUCAUUCUUGCUCCAGUGUUCGUUCCAGCUCGCUAAGCAAAUCAAACUCUUCAAAAAUGGCACAAAUCAUGAAAACUGUGGCCGGUCGUGCCCAACAAAUGUUGCAGGUUGCUGCCAAACAACAACAAUUUGUUCCACGUUUCUACAGUGCUGCCGCCACCAACUUUGAAUUCAUCAAAACCGAAUUGGCUGGUGAAAAGAAAAAUGUUGCCGUCAUCACUCUGAACCGCCCAAAGGCCUUGAAUGCUUUGUGCAAUGGUUUGAUGAAAGAAUUGAGCACUAGCUUGGAUCAAUACGAAAACGAUAACAGCAUUGCCGCCAUUGUUAUUACCGGCAGCGAAAAGGCCUUCGCCGCUGGUGCUGACAUCAAGGAAAUGCAACCCAACACCUAUUCCAAAUGCAUUAUGGGUAACUUCUUGAAUGACUGGACCCGUGUUGCCAAGUGCCAAAAACCCAUUAUCGCUGCCGUCAACGGUUACGCCUUGGGUGGUGGCUGUGAAUUGGCCAUGAUGUGCGACAUCAUCUAUGCCGGUGAUAAGGCCAAGUUUGGUCAACCUGAAAUCGCUUUAGGCACAAUUCCCGGUGCUGGUGGCACCCAACGUUUGACCCGUGUCGUUGGCAAAUCCAAGGCCAUGGAAAUGUGCUUGACCGGCAACAUGAUCAGCGCUGCCGAGGCCGAAAAGACUGGUUUGGUUAGCAAGGUUGUGCCAGCCGAUCAAUUGGUUGCCGAAGCUGUCAAGUUGGGUGAGAAGAUCGGUACCCACUCGCAAUUGAUUGUUCAAUUGUGCAAGGAGGCUGUCAACACUGCCUAUGAGACCACCUUGCAAGAGGGUUUGAAAUUCGAGAGGAGAACUUUCCAUGCCACUUUCUCGACUGAGGACCGCAAGGAAGGUAUGACCGCCUUCGUUGAAAAACGCCCAGCCAAAUUCAACAACAACUAAAUCCAAUCGUAUGCCUUAACAAUAUUAAAUAUUGCGGAACUUAAUGAGAAGAAUGAAAGAAAGUUUAAGAAAAAGAAAUACUAUACCAGUAAUGCAUUUAAAACUAUUUUUUUUAUUGAUAUUUGACAACAAAGUUUUCGUAUAUUUUUGUCUAUAACUGUGUUAAUUUUUUUAUAAAGAUCCCAAGAAAAAUAUACACUAAAGCCAUAUAAUCUUUAAAAAAUAAUGUA